GGAUGUUGAUAUGAUGUUAUCUUCGAUUAUUUCCCCGGUCAGGCUCAUGAUGAAGAUUUGUUAGCAUCUUUAGGGCACUUUAUAUUCCUCUCAAUAACAAUACUAGAUGCUCAGGAAAAUACCUUAAAGUGGUGUUUUGGUUUUUCUUUCAUUUACCAGCAGUAGAGUCUUCAGUCGGCGUGCAAACGACAGAAAAGAGCAAACAUGUCUCAGGAGGGAUAUCAGGCUACAUCAGGGCAAACCUCCGCCGACACGAGGGAAGAAUGUCAGGGACAAGAGAAAAGGCUUACAGCAGGGAAACACUUCUUCUGACAGUGCAGAGCGUAAAAUCAGGGGAAAAUGUGAGGAAAGUCUCGACGAUCAAAUGGGUACCUAAAUCCACCUUGGCUAACCACAAGGCAGGGAAACAUGAUUGUGGUCCUCAUCCACAUAGAGCAAUCACCCUUGAAGAGAAGGACGCAUGGUGGACUACAUUGUGUGGAUGGCAGAUGAUGGAUUUCCUCUUACAUCAUAAAAUGUCUGGCUUUGGACAUCAUCAAAAGCUGUUUCAGCAACAUUGAAACACUUGUGAAUGUGCAGAAGGGCCUCAGCGACAACUGGCAGGCCCAUUUCAAAGGCUGCCACCCUGAGCUCACCAGCAGUACACUAGACUCCCUAGAUCAGGCCUGGGUCUAUGGGGCAACAGCAGAGGGUUUGGAGACCUUCUUCAAACUUCUGGGAAAUAUUGUUAAUAUGCACAGUCUCCACAAUAAGCCUCGCUUGUAUGGAACUGUGAUGAAACAGGUUUUGGUGAAAAGCUCAAGUCCAAGGAGAAGGUUUUGUGCCAGAAGGGAAAGAGGCAUUGUUUACCGCCAGCAGACGACCACCAGGGAGCACAUAACUCUGCCCUGCUGCGUCAGUGCAGCAGGGACCAGGAUUCUGACCUUCAUCAUCUAUCCUCGCUGCAUUCCCAGUGUGAUGUAUGCUCUGGAUGGUCCAACAGACAGCCUGUACGACUAUUCAUAGAAGGGACACAUGAACACAGAGCUCUUUCUAAAAUGGCUGGACCAUUUUGUGAAACAUGCACCUGAAGAAAGACCUCUCAUGCGGACAAGCAAACAAGGGUCGUCACCAGUGAUGAAUAUAGUGUCAUCCUGCAAAACCUGGAUGCUGCGGAGAAGGAAAAUGGAUGAGAUGAAGAAAAAGAGGAAGGAAGAGCAGGAAAGAGAGUGAGAAGGAAAAAGGGCCAGGAUAGAAAGAAAAGAGAAGAGAAAGAGAGAGAAAUCCUCUUGCUGAAAACAGCGACCACCAUGCAGUGUGCACGAACAUCACAGCACCAGGGUCUGAGGCAGAGGUGGAUGACUGGGUGCAGCGCAAAUCCUGUGAGCUGCGGCAUCACCUCGUCUGUGUCGACUGCAGAGAUGCUCCAGAUGGGGAAUGGCUGUGCUACAAGUGUGGCCUAAUUGUGUGAGGAAGACGAGGCUGUCACUCACUGUGCCUGAGAAAAGAAGAAACUACAUAGUUUAUCCAAAUAGUUUUGUACAUCGUUAAAUAUUUAGUUUUCACACACACUCAAACACCAAACUGAGACAUUUCUUUAUUUUACAUACAUCUGAUGUUUGUUGCUCCAUCGUUAAUGAAUUAUUAUUCAUUAUUGUAUUAUAUUAUUCAUAUAUAAUUAAUGUUAAUGAAUAUAUUACCUUUCGUGAUUUAUGAAUUAAUAUUUCAAUUAACAUUUCAAUCACUUUAAUUAUUCCAAUUAAGUUCGUUUACAUUUGCAUUAAACAUUUAAACAUUAUACUAUUAGUUAUGUGUCUUAUUCUUAGUUUUGACUUAUCUCACUUAAGUUUUGCUAGCUAAUUAAUGUCACGUGGUUAUUUGCCUGUAAGGGCUAUUAGGCUAAUUGAAAUUAACUGGAUGCCCAUAUUACAUAAUAUAAGAUAUUCAUGGAGAAUAACUACAUGUAAGAGUUUUGAAAUAACAACUAUAUUAUCUAAUAUAUUCAAUGACAUUUGAUACAAAAAUUAUGCUUUUAGAGCAUUAAAAAUGUUUCUGUCUUGCCUGUCUGGGAUACCGUGAGUUGAAAACUGCACGUGUCCCUAUCACUGUGAUGAUGUGUUCACACCAAAUGCGAAGUGAAUUUUUCGCGCGGCGGGAUUAUUUACAAAGUCAAUGCAAAGACGCGUCUGUUCACGCUGGGCGAUGCGAAUGACGGGAAUAACGCGAUGCUAAUAUGCUAAAUUCGGGCAAUUCGGUAUUUGCGUGAGUUGAAAAUAUUUUAUGGAACACAGAUUGGACCAAAACGUCUAGUCCGCAUUAAUAUGUCAAAUUUGUACAUCUUAACGACAGAAAAUAUCCUGUUAACACGUCCAUUUUGAACGUGUUGAGGCGUUUGGACCAUUACGGCUUCCGUAUUAUUGGUUGGUGUCAUCAUACCUUCCCCUUUUUGACAUAUAGGGACUGCGUUGAACUAUACAUUGUUGUCAUACGGGCUCUUGCUAGUGGGUACGUUUGGGCUGCGGCAUACACAACGAUGAUUUAGUAUUUGGGACAGUCAAUUUGCGACGUGGAUCAAUUUUUGCAGCGUGAAUACAGAUGAAGCGCAGAGGGCCAGCCCAGGGAAGACGCCGAUACAAGUCCUGCACGAGUACGGCACCAAAACCGGCAACCUCCCCGUGUAUGUGAUGGAGAAGGCGGAAGGAGAAGCUCACCAACCGAGCUUCGUCUUCAGCGUGAGAGUUGGAGACGUUAGCUGCACAGGUCAAGGUCCCAGUAAAAAGGCAGCCAAACACGUGGCUGCAGAAGCUGCCCUGAAUAUUCUGCAGAUAGACGUUGGAACAGUGAAUGUUCCUGUGAAGUCUGAGAGUAAUGGUGUAGCGGCAGAAACAAACAACCAUCCCAACUCAGUAGGGAUUCUGCAGGAACUAGCGUUGCAGAGAGGAUGGCGUCUUCCUGAAUACACAGUUUUAAUGGAGGCUGGUCCACCACACAAGAGAGAAUUCACUGUUACUUGUAGAUUGGAGUCCCUGUCAGAGAAGGCUGUAGGAAAUUCAAAAAAAUCAGCGAAAAAGGCAGCUGCAGAGAAAAUGGUGGCAAAGCUUCAAAGUCUGUCAGGCUGCUCUGAAAUCACAUGGGCUCCCACACCAAGUGUCCGAUUUGAGAACUUAAGGAACUCAACAGCAGAGAAGAUUUCUUUAUUGAGAAGAAACCCGCUGAGCAUUCCCAACACAGAUUACAUUCAGAUGAUGUUGGAGCUGUCCAAGGAGCAAGGCUUUGAGGUCACGUACUUUGACAUCGGUGAGCUGACGGUGAACGGCCAGUAUCAGUGCUUGGCGGAACUGUCCACCACCCCCGUCACCGUGUGCCACGGCACAGGCAUCUCCUGUAGCAACGCGCACAACGACGCAGCACACAGCGCCCUUCAGUAUAUCAAGAUCAUGGCUUCCAUCAAGUAAAACCACCACAGUCAACCAUUGCCCACGUUGUCACGUAAACCAGCUGAUGUCGAGUCAGGAUGAGGCUAUAGAUUGUUCUUCCCACUAGUCUUCCUGCCUGCGGACGAUAUGAGGUCAAGGUAUAUUUUUAUAUUAAUGUAUAUCAAAGCAGAUCAUGUUCCACAGUAAGUGAAGAUACAACAGUGUUUGUGAGGAGACAAACAUACUCAGUAUUAAAAAUUAAAUGGAAAUGAAAUUUUGUCAUGAAGUUGUUAGGACUUUAUGAUGUCCAGCAUAUUUAAACAAAUGUACAUGUGUAAAUGAAGAACAAUAAGUAAUAUGAAGCACUCCUUUUUACGUGCGUAGUUUGAGCUGUCAGUGCUUUAUUUGUCCACAAAUAACUGUGUUGCGUGUGAAAAUAUAUAUAUAUUUUUUUUAGGAUGCAGAUGCUUUCAGUCUACUUUGACUUGAUUUAAGUUUUUAUUCCACAGUUUUGUCUCUCCAGCUACAUAUUGAGAUGUUCGUUGAAGUUCUUUAACUUUUAAUUUACCUCAGACACCUGCCUUUCUGUUAAACUUUAAAUUAAUAAAAGUUGCCUGAAAAUGUUUUAAAACUUGAUGUGUAAAAGUGAAUCGAAGAUGAGAGAUUAUUUUGACCUUGUUAAAUUUGAAAGUAUAGUCUGCAAUUUGGUUUACAGCAAGAUAGAAUUUUUUUUUUUUCUUUUCCAUCUGUGUGUACACAAUCUACAAUCUUUAUCAGGUUAACUGUCAAAGUGUAAAAUGACGUUACUUUGCUACAGACACAUAUUCCCAAUCUGCUGGUCUGUUGUUAUUGUUUGCAGUGUGCCUCAUAGUACAUACAACUAAAAUCUGUGAUUAUAUUUAAUAUUAACUGACUGGUAUCUGCUUUAUGAACUGAACCCUGGUGGAGAAUAACAGCAGCAGCAGCAACAUGUGUAUGAGUCUGAAAAUAAACCCAAACACUAAAUGUUAA